UAGCAUCCUGCACUGAGUCAUUGUGGUUAGUAAACUCCACUUCAAAUUACACACUUCCAUUCACCAUUUUCAAACUCCUACCAUGGCAGCAGAACUUGUCGGUGGUGCUCUUCUUUCCGCUUUUCUUCAGGUUGCAUUCGACAGGCUGGCUUCUCCUCAAUUCCUAGACUUCUUUCGUGGAAGAAAACUUGAUGAGAAGCUGCUCGGCAACUUGAACAUCAUGCUGCACUCCAUCAAUGCUCUCGCUCAUGAUGCAGAACUGAAGCAGUUCACAGAUCCACACGUUAAAGCAUGGCUUUUUUCUGUCAAAGAGGCUGUCUUUGAUGCAGAGGAUCUCCUGGGUGAAAUAGAUUAUGAACUCACCAGAUCCCAAGUGGAAGCUCAAUCCGAACCUCAAACCUUUACUUACAAGGUAUCAAAUUUCUUCAACUCUACUUUCAAUUCGUUUAACAAGAAAAUUGAAUCAGAGAUGAAAGAAGUCCUACAAAAACUAGAAUAUCUUGCAAAGCAAAAGGGUGCUCUUGGUUUGAAAGAGGGUACUUAUUAUGGUGAUAGAUCAGCUGGAAAAGUGUCACAGAAAUUGCCAUCAUCUUCUUUGGUGGUUGAAAGCGUUAUUUAUGGGAGAGAUGCAGACAAAGAAAAGAUCUUUAAUUGGCUCACAUCUGAAACCGACACUCAUAACCAUCCAUCAAUACUUUCCAUUGUGGGAAUGGGUGGGUUGGGUAAGACCUCACUCGCCCAACAUGUAUACAAUGACCCAAAGAUUGAGGAGGCUCAAUUUGAUAUCAAAGCUUGGGUUUGUAUUUCUGAUCAUUUUGAUGUUUUGACAGUGACAAAAACAAUUCUUGAGGCAAUCACUAAAUCUAAAGAUGAUAGCGGAGACCUAGAAAUGGUUCAUGGGAGAUUGAAAGAAAAAAUAUCAGGAAGGAAAUUUCUUCUUGUUUUGGAUGAUGUUUGGAACGAAAGACAAGAAGAAUGGGAAGCUGUGCGAACUCCUCUUAGCUAUGGGGCUCCAGGAAGUAGAAUUCUUGUCACAACACGUAUUGAGAAAGUAGCUUCUAACAUGAGAUCUGAAGUGCAUCACCUAAAGCAAUUAGAAGAGGAUGAAUGCUGGAAAGUUUUUGAGAAACAAGCACUAAAAGAUGAUGAUCUUCGAUUGAAUGGUGAAAAAAAGGAGAUCGGUAGAAGGAUAGUUGAAAAGUGCAAAGGAUUACCACUUGCUUUGAAAACAAUUGGAAGUCUUCUCCGAACAAAGUCAUCAAGCUCAUAUUGGAAAAGCGUAUUGGAAAGCGACAUAUGGCAGUUACCAAAAGAAGUUGAAAUUAUCCCUGCUCUACUACUGAGUUAUCAGCACCUUCCUUCUCAUCUGAAGAGGUGCUUUGCUUAUUGUGCAUUAUUUCCAAAAGAUUAUGAAUUUGACAAGAAGGAAUUAAUUUUGUUAUGGAUGGCUGAAGGUUUUCUUCAUCAUUCUAAACAGAUAAAGAAUGUAGAAGAGAUUGGUGAACAAUAUUUCGACGACCUAUUAACGAGGUCUUUCUUUCUUCAAUCAAGCCUUGAAAUGCGACACAAGAAUGUACAAGAAAUUGGUGAACAAUGUUUCUACGAUCUAUUAACGAGGUCCUUCGAUCUUGAAUCAAGCUUUGAAAUGCGAUUCGUCAUGCAUGACCUUCUGAAUGAUUUGGCAAAAUAUGUUUGUGCAGACUUUUGUUUCAGGUUAAAAUUCGAUAAAGGAAGCUGUAUACCCAAUACAACCCGUCAUUUUUCAUUUUCACUCGAUGACGUAGAAUAUUUUGAUGGUUUAGGGAGUUUAACAGAUGCUGAAAGACUGCGUUCAUUUCAUUCAAUUACAAAUAACUGUGGCUAUGAAUUCAAUCCUUGUCAAUUCAAUAUUUUGGUGCAUGAAUUGUUCUCCAAGUUCAAGUUUUUACGUGUCUUAUCUUUGAAUGGAUAUUCUGAGCUUAGUGAGGUCCAUGAUUCUGUUGGUGAUCUUAAACAUCUCCAUUCGAUAGACCUUUCAUAUACUCGUAUACAGAAUCUACCUAACUCAAUAGGUUUCCUCUAUAACUUGCUAGUACUGAAGUUGAACUUUUGUUCAUUUCUGGAGGAAUUACCUUCAAAUUUGCAUAAGCUCACCAAGUUGCAUUGUCUGGAAUUUGAACAUACAAAAGUGACAAAGAUGCCAAUGCAUUUUGGAGAGUUGAAGAAUCUUCAAGUACUGAGUACGUUUUUUGUUAAUAGAAAUAAUGAGGUCAUCAGUAUCAAACAACUAGGAGGACUCAAUCUUCAUGGAAGGCUAUCAAUUAAUGAGCUGCAAAAUAUUUCAAAUCCUUUGGAUGCAUUAGAAGCAAAUUUGAAAAAUAAGCCCCUUGUGCAGCUAAAGUUAAUAUGGAAUGGGAAUCACAUCCCUGAUGAUCCAAGGAAAGAGAAGAAAGUGCUUGAGAAUCUACAACCUUCUAAUCAGUUGGAGCAUUUUUCAAUCUAUAACUAUGGUGGUACACAAUUCCCAGGUUGGGUAUUCGAUAAUUCAUUAUCAAAUUUGGUGUCCUUAUGGUUGGCUGACUGUAAAUAUUGCCUAUGUUUGCCUCCCUUUGGACUUUUGUCAUCUCUAAGGAUUCUACAGAUUAUAGGGUUUGAUGGAAUAGUGAGCAUUGGUGCUGAAUUUUGUGGGAGCACCUCUUCUUCAUUCAAGUCGUUGAAAAUAUUGGAAUUCUACAACAUGAAGGAAUGGGAAGAAUGGGAAUGUAAAACUACUUCUUUUCCACUUCUUCAACAUCUUUCUAUCCAUAAUUGUCCGAAACUGAAAAGUCUGCCAGAGCAACUUCUUCAUUUAAAGAAUCUAGAUAUUAAUAGGUGUGAUAAGCUCGUAAUUAGCGUAAACAGCAUGUUCAUAUCCUCGCUUCAACUCUGGAGUAUUAUUUUAUGCCCACUUGUGGAAAUUCCUAUGACCCAUUACGAUUGUAUUGAAGCAAUGGAGAUUAAUAAUGACUGCGUCUCUUCCACCAUCUUUCCGCUAGAUUGCUUUCCAAAGCUCCAUUUACUUCAAUUGAGUUGGUGCCAUAACCUCAGAAGAGUUUCACAGGGACACACUCAUAAUCAUCUCAAAGUACUAAGAAUUAGUGAAUGUAGUCAAUUUGAAUCAUUUCCAAGUGAAGGAUUAUCUGCACCAUGGCUACAAAUAAUUUCAAUUCGAGAAGCGGAGAAUUUGAAGUUAUUGCCAAAGCACAUGCAAAUCCUGCUUCCAUCUCUUACUGAACUGGAGAUAAUUGAUUGUCCUAAAGUGGAGAAGUUCCCAGAAGGAGGUUUGCCAUCAAACAUAAAACGCAUGUCUCUUUCAAGUUUAAAACUUAUCGCCUCCCUGAGAGACACCUUGGAUGUCAACACAUGUCUUGAAAGCUUGACUAUUGAAAAGUUGGAGGUGGAGUCUUUUCCCGGUGAGGUUUUGCUGCCACGCUCUCUCACCUCUCUAAGAUUCCUAUUUUGCCUAAAUCUUAAAAAGAUUGACUACAGGGGUCUAUGCAACGUCUCCUCUUUCACACAUUAUGGAUGCCCCAAUCUUCAUCCAAGAAAAUUUCUAAUUUCUUAGUUACAAAUAUUUCACUCUGUUACUAAACAACAGAUGCCCAAAGUUUUAAAGGAGAUGGUGA